CCAUCCUCAGGAUAUCAAGGUAUGACAAACCCGUCCUCAGGAUAUCAAGGUAUGACAAACCCGUCCUCAGGAUAUCAAUGUAUGACAAACCCGUCCUCAGGAUAUCAAGGUAUGGCGACAAACCCGUCCUCAGGAUAUCAGGGUAUGGCGACAAACCCGUCCUUGGGAAAUCAGGGUAUGGCGACAAACUUCUACUCUGGCUACCAAGGAAUGGCGACUAAUUACUCAUCCCUCAUCCCUCACAACAGCAUCACUGCAAUGGCACCUUGGGCUGAGACAAUGAAAUCCCAAUUAUUUAGAGAUGUAUGCAGCCAUGUGUCCAAUCAAUUAAACAUACUUCAUGGAAGAAUUGACUACAAUACGUUUAAAAACCAGCAAAAUGCCCAAGAAAUCAAUCUCAUCCAGACCAGUUUUAACAAAGGCUUUGAGCAGUUCAAUACCAAUAUGAACAGCAUGAAGGACCGGAUUGUGAAUGAGAUCACAGGAAUAGUAAAACCUCCUACAGCCAGGAAGCUAGAUCUGGAAUCAUUGGGGAGCUCCAUUGGAUAUAGUGAAACCCAUAGGCAAUACAGUGUCUCGCCACCCCUGUCACACUUGUCAGACGAAAGUGAUUGUGAACUUUCUAUGGAUAUACAAGAAUCUCAGUCACCUGAAUCCCCAAGUUGUAAAACACCAUCAACCGUUACUUCUCCUGUCUUCAAUAUACCAUCUGCAAGUUCCAAUACUGAGAUCCGACAAACACAAUUACCAAUUCAAGAAUCUUCCUCUCUACCAGGCCAGACGUCUGAUUCAGGUUGCUCUGUAAACAAAGAAACGCCAGAAGAUCUGAGACCAGUUACUGUUGUUGAAAAAAGAAAAGCCAAUAUAACAGAAAUCUCUGAAUCGACAAUGAAAGUAGUCGCAGAUAUAGUGAAGAAGAGAGGGCCAGGAAAAGCCAUUUGCUACCUGCUAGAUAAGAUGUUUAGUGAAAGGGAACUCUUGAACACAUUUGCCAGACCAUCUGGGAACAACCUGACUUUAGAUGACCUUGGUGUUAGAAUGCCGCUAAUUAGAGAAUUCUUGCAGACAAGACAUGGGAUAGAUAUAAAUAAGAUUGAGAAAACAACAAACCAAAAACGCAGAGAUUUGAAAAGGAAAGCAAAGAAAUAGACUUUUGUUUAUGGAUUGUCCUGGGCUUAACAAUCAAUGUUACUAAUGAUUACAAUUUAUUAGUCUAUGUCUACAAUGCCAUUAAAAUAGCUUGUACAUUUAAACAUAUAUCAAAAUUGAUUUAAUCAAAUCCCAUAUUAGUUGUACAAAGUUGCAUAUUUUAUGAAUCUGUGUGUCAAAUUAUCUAUUUUGUUUUCUUUACAAAAGCAAAGUGCUGUCUCCUUUAUUUUUAUUUCAAAAAGUCAAAUCAUUUGUUCACAAUAUUAUGUAAAUACUUCCAUUGGAAAACUAUCAGAUUGGUCCUUUUAAUGACCUUGUAUAGCACUGUAAGCAUCAAUAAAGGUAUUUAUUAACAUCUGUAUCAUCCAUCAAUGAAACAUUAGUUGGUUUAAUUUUGAAUAAUGAUGAAAUGUUUCUCAACUUGUAGGAAAAUGAUGAACUCAGAUAAAUACCUUAUUUUGAUUUCACAAUUUUUGCAAUUGCCAAUGUAUUAUUAUACUACAGAUUAUAGAUAGUCUAAUAAUGUUAUUAUCCCAGCCUUGCCUAAUAUAAGUGAG